AGCUUCACGUACAGCUGGACUGCUCUGCUCGCCAAACCCCAGCUUCAACUUCUCCGUUUCUGCUCCCGAGCUACAUCCCAUCCCCUGACGAAUUCUCGAUUUACCAUCUUCUGAAUAGGAAGAUAAAGGUCUUUUUCUUUAUUGCAUCUGUGUUCUGUGGAAGACAGAUAGCCCUUGAGUUUCCAUAGCGUCAUCACCCCAUUCGCCAUCAUGGCUCUGGACAACUACUAUCGCAAUAAAAUUGAGGGCAUGAAGCUCGAGAUUAUUCAAGGCCAGGCCGUUCUACGACGAUUAGAAGCGCAGCGCAAUGACUACAACUCGAGAGUCCGUCUACUGCGCGAAGAGCUUGGCUUGUUGCAACAACCCGGCUCUUACGUUGGCGAGGUGGUGAAGGUGAUGAGCACCAAGAAGGUCCUGGUGAAAGUACACCCAGAAGGAAAAUACGUGGUGGAUAUCUCCGAUGGUGUGGACAUUAGCAAACUCGUUGUCGGAAAGCGAGUCGCUCUCCUGUCUGAUUCGUACAAGCUGGAGAAGAUGUUGCCGUCCUCGGUCGAUCCUCUGGUUGCACUCAUGAUGGUUGAGAAAGUCCCCGACAGCACUUACGACAUGAUUGGUGGCCUAGACCAGCAAAUCAAGGAGAUCAAAGAAGUUAUCGAGCUUGGUCUCAAGCACCCCGAGCUCUUCGAAUCUCUGGGUAUUGCACAGCCGAAGGGUGUCUUGCUUUACGGCCCACCCGGAACCGGCAAGACCCUGCUUGCUCGAGCAGCCGCUCACCAUACCGACUGUCGAUUCAUCCGAGUGAGUGGUUCAGAACUGGUGCAGAAAUACAUCGGUGAGGGUAGUCGGAUGGUGCGUGAGCUUUUCGUCAUGGCACGAGAGCACGCACCAAGUAUCAUCUUCAUGGAUGAGAUUGACAGUAUUGGAUCAAGCCGGAUAGAUUCAUCAGGAGGUGGUGACUCGGAGGUGCAGCGUACCAUGCUGGAGUUGUUGAACCAGUUGGACGGCUUCGAGCCAACGAAGAACAUUAAGAUUAUCAUGGCGACAAACCGACUGGAUAUUCUGGAUCCGGCCCUACUUCGGCCUGGGCGAAUUGAUCGAAAGAUCGAAUUCCCCCUCCAUCGUCAGUCUACCCCCCUUGCCCCCGAGGUCGAAGCUCGUGCCGACAUUUUGCGGAUCCACUCUCGGUCGAUGAACCUGACCCGUGGGAUCAACCUGAACAAGAUUGCCGAGAAGAUGAACGGGUGCUCUGGAGCCGAGCUCAAGGGUGUCUGCACGGAGGCAGGCAUGUAUGCACUCCGCGAGCGUCGGGUUCAUGUCACACAAGAAGACUUUGACCUGGCCACCGCCAAGAUUCUCAACAAGCACGAUGACAAGGAGGUGGCCGUGUCGAAGCUGUGGAAGUAGAGGCCUCUCGAAAGCGGGGGGUGGAUCCCGGGGCUUGAGGAACGAUCGACGACAUUGUAUCACUAGUUCUAAUCCUACCCUGAUAAUUCUCACCCCAAGUGAAUGCAUAAUUGUGCG